CAGUCAGAAUCGAGCAACAUGGCUGCGGUCUGCGCUGCCUUCCGUGUCCUCGGGAGAAAUAUUGUAUCAUCUAAAGCUCUGCCAGCGGUGUGCCAGGCGAGCAACCGCAAGUUGCAUUUCUCAAUCUAUGGAAAAAAGGGAGAUGCAAAAGUCUCAGAUGGUAUCUCCACUCAGUAUCCAGUAGUAGACCAUGAGUUUGACGCUGUCGUGGUGGGAGCCGGUGGCGCAGGGCUGCGUGCUGCGUUCGGUCUGUCGGAGGCCGGUUUUAACACAGCCUGUGUCACCAAACUUUUCCCCACCCGCUCACACACGGUGGCCGCACAGGGUGGAAUUAAUGCUGCAUUAGGCAACAUGGAGGAGGACGACUGGCGUUGGCACUUUUAUGACACAGUGAAGGGAUCUGAUUGGCUGGGAGACCAGGAUGCCAUUCACUACAUGACAGAGCAGGCACCUGCUGCAGUGGUGGAGCUGGAGAACUUCGGUAUGCCGUUCAGCCGUACCGAGGAAGGGAGGAUCUAUCAGCGUGCCUUCGGAGGCCAGAGUCUGAAGUUCGGUAAAGGAGGUCAGGCUCACAGAUGCUGCUGUGUGGCAGACAGGACGGGUCACUCUCUUCUUCACACACUCUAUGGACAGUCUCUAAGGUAUGACACUAGUUACUUUGUGGAGUAUUUUGCCCUGGAUCUGCUGAUGGAGGAUGGCGAGUGUAAGGGAGUCAUCGCACUGUGCAUGGAGGACGGAUCCAUCCACCGAUUCAGAUCCAAGAACACAGUCAUUGCCACUGGAGGUUAUGGCCGCACAUUCUUCAGCUGUACAUCAGCCCACACCAGCACAGGAGACGGUAAUGCCAUGGUGACCCGUGCUGGACUGCCCUGCCAGGAUCUCGAAUUUGUGCAGUUCCACCCCACAGGAAUCUAUGGAGCCGGAUGCCUGAUCACAGAGGGUUGCCGUGGAGAGGGAGGAAUCUUGAUCAACAGUGAAGGCGAGAGGUUCAUGGAACGUUACGCACCCAAUGCCAAAGAUUUGGCCUCUAGGGACGUGGUCUCACGGUCCAUGACCAUUGAGAUCAGGGAAGGAAGAGGUGUUGGGCCAGAUAAAGAUCACGUCUACCUGCAGCUCCAUCAUCUUCCGCCCCAGCAGCUUGCUACUCGCCUGCCCGGCAUCUCUGAGACCGCCAUGAUCUUUGCUGGAGUGGACGUCACGAAAGAGCCCAUCCCAGUAUUACCCACCGUCCACUACAACAUGGGCGGCAUCCCCACCAACUACAAGGGACAGGCCAUCACCCAUGAGAAUGGAGAGGAUAUGGUGGUGCCAGGCUUGUACGCCUGCGGUGAGGCCGGCUGUGCAUCGGUGCACGGUGCAAAUCGUCUGGGCGCCAACUCACUGCUGGAUCUGGUUGUGUUUGGACGCGCUUGUGCCCUGACCAUUGCUGAGACAAACACUCCAGGAGAGAAGCUUUCCCCUCUGAAACCCAAUGCAGGAGAAGCAUCUGUCGGCAAUCUGGACAAGAUCCGCUUUGCUAACGGCAGUACCAGAACCUCAGAGAUCAGACUGAAUAUGCAGAAGACCAUGCAGAAUCACGCUGCUGUGUUCCGCACCGGAGACGUGCUGAAGGAGGGUUGUGAAAAGAUGGACUCCGUCUACAAGUCUAUGGAUGACAUCAAGACAUUUGACAGAGGCAUUGUCUGGAACACUGAUCUGGUGGAAACUCUGGAGCUGCAGAAUCUGAUGUUGAACGCGGUGCAGACAAUCGUCUCCGCUGAGGCGCGUAAAGAGAGCAGAGGAGCUCACGCACGCGAGGACUUCAAGGACCGUGUGGAUGAGUACGAUUACUCCAAGCCUCUGCAGGGACAAGUGAAGAAGCCUUUCGAGCAGCACUGGAGGAAACACACAAUGUCCUACGUGGAUCCCAAGACAGGAAAGGUUACUCUGGAAUACAGACGUGUGAUUGACAGCUCUCUGAACGCAGAUGACUGUGCUGCUAUUCCCCCUGCAAUCCGUUCCUAUUAAACACGUCCUAUUGUGCCCCAGCUGACUUUGCCCUUUUGCUUAUUUAUAAUCAGCCAAUAAAUAAAUGAAUAUCUUGUUAUUGACCGGCUGCACUUUAUUUAAAUGCGACCACAGUAAGACUCGAAUAUCUCAAAAUUCGAACAAUAAAGUUGAAAUACCACUGCACUAGUCAGGCUCCAUGAAAAAGAUUCAACUGUUCUGUAACUGAAGACAAUAAUAACAGCUGUGUGAUCUUUGUGUGUAUCACAGAAACGCAUCCCUCACAUAUCCUCUAAACUGUGCUUGCAAGUAAAUCAUUACAUAUUUAGCAUUUAAAUAUUGAAUGGUUGUCAAAGUUUUUUAAAAACACUUGCACAUUGUGGAAAAUUGAUUAAAUUAGUCAACUCCUUAACUUAGCAGUUUAUAAUGCUAAUGCAAUGUACGGUUUCAUAUGUAUUUGACCUUGUGGCCUUUCAUUCUUAAAAAUACUCAUAACUCAUCUGUAUGUAAAGUUCUGUACAUCUUGCAUGUUUUGUUUUGUAGGUUCUGUUUAAACUCAAUAAAGAUGAUCCGGUGAUAAUGA